CCGGAUGCUGGACACCGGAAGCGAGCCCUAGAAUUAUGGCGACCUCCGCGACGUCGCCGCACGCGCCUGGUUUUCCAGCUGAGGGUAGAUGCGGUUACUAUGUGGAAAAGAAGAAACGGUUCUGCAGGAUGGUGGUGGCCGCAGGGAAAAGAUUUUGUGGUGAACACGCUGGAGCCGCGGAGGAAGAAGAUGCUCGGAAAAGAAUCCUGUGUCCUUUAGAUCCAAAACACACAGUAUAUGAAGAUCAACUAGCAAAGCAUUUGAAAAAAUGUAACUCAAGAGAGAAACCAAAACCUGAUUUCUAUAUUCAAGAUAUUAAUGCAGGCUUAAGAGAUGAAACAGAAAUACCUGAACAAUUAGUUCCAAUUUCUUCUCUAUCUGAAGAGCAGUUGGAAAAGUUAAUUAAGAAAUUGAGAAAAGCAAGUGAAGGCUUGAAUUCUACACUUAAAGAUCAUAUUAUGUCCCAUCCAGCAUUACACGAUGCACUUAAAGACCCUAAAAAUGGCGAUUCUGCAACCAAGCACCUGAAACAGCAGGCUUCUAUUUUAGGUAACAUUGAAAAUUUAAAGUUACUUGGUCCAAGAAGAUGCUUUGUUGAGUUUGGAGCGGGAAAGGGAAAAUUAUCUCAUUGGGUUGAUAUUGCCUUAAAAGAUGCUGAAAAAGUUCACUUCAUCCUAGUGGAAAAGGUGACCACAAGAUUCAAGGUGGAUGGAAAACACAGAAAGAAAAAUUCAGUGUUUGAAAGACUUCAAAUUGAUAUUCAACACUUGUGUUUGAACAAGAUUCCUGUGCUAAGAGAAGAAAAACUACCUGUGGUAGGAAUUGGAAAGCAUCUGUGUGGUAUGGCAACAGAUCUUGCAUUACGAUGUUUGGUUGAAACCUAUGCUGCCAGUUUUGAGGAAAGGAAUGAAGAACCUUUAGCCAAACGCAUAAAGAAUGAUAAAACAGAAAAAGAAAUUUACACUUUGGCCAAGGAAGGAAAUGAAAAAAAUGUCCCAGAGAAGUGGAACCCUGUGGCUGGCAUUGUUAUUGCACUCUGUUGUCACCACAGGUGUGAUUGGAGACAUUAUGUGGGCAAAGAAUAUUUCAGGGCUCUAGGCCUUGGAGCAGUGGAAUUCCACUAUUUCCAGCGAAUGAGUAGUUGGGCAACUUGUGGGAUGCGGAAAACAUCUUUGGAAACCUCAGAUAGUACCACAAAGAGGCAAGAUAAUCAGAAUGAUGAUAGUGAAGAGCAUGAUGAUGGAGGAUACAGAAUCACAGAUGAUGGCGCUGAUUGUUUGCCUGGGCUUCUUAGUGUUGAAGAAAAGAAGAAAAUAGGGCAUCUUUGUAAAUUGCUGAUUGACCAAGGUCGAAUCCAGUAUUUGCAGCAGAAGGGAUUCAGUCCUGCUUUGCAGUACUAUACAGACCCUCUGGUGUCUUUGGAAAAUGUUUUGUUAACUGCUUUACCAAAUAAUUCUUCAUCACCAGAAACAACUGCUUAAUGGAAAAGAAAUUUGAGCAUCAUCUGUCUUCCACCAAAAAAAUUUUUUUAAUUAUAUUUUUAUAUCAAAAAAUAUAUACUUUAAAUAGCAAAUAAUAUGAACUUUAAAAAAUGCUGUGGCCUCAUUAAACUUUGGUAAUAGCUUUUCUUUUUACUUCAGAAAUCCAAACAUUAGAGAAUUCACCAAAGUAAUCCUCUUUAGAAGGGCAUCUUGAAUUAUAUUAUCCAUCCGUAUUUAUGGAGAUUGGUAAAGUAGUUGAACCGUUGACUUGGUGAUCUGAAACAUACAUAACAUGUCAACACAUAAUUAGCGUAUUUCUGUUUGUAUUAAUUUUGGAAAUUUAUCUUCCUUUGAUUUUAUUUAAUAUUUUUUAUUUCUUAAGUUCAAGAGGUAGUGAUUGAUUGUAACAAGGGCCAAUCUGAGAAUUUGACUUAUAUGUGGACAUUUUUCCCUACAGAUCUGGAAAGCACAAUUGUGAUUUUCUCAAAUGCAGACAAUUCAGAGAUAUUCACAAUUAAUAAACACAAUUAAUUAAUGAAGUCACCUUCAAAUUUCCAGAGCCAUACAUGUAUAUAUUGUCAGAAUCUGUCCAUGACAAACACAAAACUGAAGAGCUGUUUUCAAAGAAAAAAGAUUAUUUCACUUAAUUAUUUUGUUGGAUAAUUGUCUAGUUAGAACUUCCAAAAAGAUACUUACAAACAUAAUUCACAAAUUUGAAAUAACUUCUGAAGUUGAUUAGCUAUCUCAUAUCUUUUAUCAGGUCAUUUUUUAUAUAUGUAGGCACAAACAAGUAUGUUCUCUUCUGUUUGGGAAAAUAAUUUGGAAUAAAAUAAAAAUUAGAUAAUGAAACCAAAAACCUUCUCAAAUUUAGGCCUUAUUUAACUCAUGACUGGUUUCUAUGCACAAGAAAAUACUAAACCAAAUAUAUGGUAGGACUGUUAUUCUCUUCUGCAUCUUAUCCCUAUUUUGUUUCUGCCUUUAUUUGUAAAAAUUGUCUUAAUUGAUGGUACAUUUGCCAAGACAAAGGUUCAGAAUUACUAAUUUUAGAUAUUAUGAUAUUCUGAAAUAACUAUUUUUAUCCUGUAGUUCUAUGAUUACAUGAUUUGUAAAUAAGAAGCCUAACCAAUUUAAAAUUCCUGACUUUAGUCUCAUAUAUCUUGUCAGAUUGUCUCGGUUCAAAUUCCAAACCUACCAUCUUCAGUUGUGCGACCUUGGGCAUGCUACCUAAUCUCUUUGUGCCUCAAUUUCCUCCUUUUAAAAUGGGGAUGAUGAUGAUAACAAUAAUACCUACCUCACAAGGUUGUUGUGAACAUCAAAUGAGAUAACACAAGUAAAAUGCAUAGAACAGUUCCAAGCACAGAGUAAUUCAAUAAAUAUUAACUAGUAAUAGUAGUGGUAGUAACUCGUGAAUCUAUUUUUAAUAACAUAAUAGGCUUUGAUUUUAUUAUCUCUUUAAGUUGUUAACUUUUUUCCCUUGUUACAAGUUUUAUGUCAAGUAAAGUAGUUUGUUUAAGUUAGUUACCCAUGUCCCCAAUCAAGGGAACCUAAAUGAAGAUAUAUCAUUAAAUAAUUAACCUUUUUUUAUUGUGUCAAGCAAUACUAAUUUGUGUCAUAAAAUUUGUUUUGCAUCACUCAACAAUUUAUGCCCAGAAAUAAACAAUAUUCUACAACA